CACGACAGGAAGUGCUGCGCUCCUCGUGUCUACCUUGUUAGCAGUGAUUGAGGUGGAGGAUGUGAGGCUGCGACAGAAAAACAAUCGAGCACAGGUCGACUUCGCGUCCAGCUCCUGAUUCCACAGAACAGAAACACGCACCAAACCGGAGCACAUGUGGAUUUAAACGUCAUUUGCGUGGCUCCACUUACGCGCAGUUCGCACGCAGCUUUUCCCCUUUUUCUGCGUGUUGUCGCGGUUUUCUCUCCGGAGUGAACACUAAGGGGGACUCCAUGAAAGAUGACAGAGGAGGUGAUUGUUGUAGCCAAGUGGGACUACACGGCCCAGCAGGACCAGGAACUUGACAUCCGUAAAAAUGAGCGUCUCUUCCUCCUGGACGACACAAAGACCUGGUGGCGUGUUCGCAACGCUACCAACCAAACGGGUUAUGUGCCAUCCAACUACGUGGAACGCAAGAACAGCCUGAAGAAAGGCUCACUGGUGAAGAACAUCAAAGAUACGCUGGGUUUGGGAAAAACUAAGAGGAAGACGAGCGCCCGCGAUGCUUCCCCAACACCAAGCUCAGAUACAGAGUACCCCUCCAAUGGCAGCAGGGGUGGAGGAGGAGCCGCUGAGAGAAUCUACGACCUCAACAUCCCGGCCGUUGUCAAGUUUGCCUACAUGGCAGAGAGGGAAGACGAGCUGAGCCUGGUCAAGGCAUCCCAGGUCAUGGUAAUGGAGAAGUGCAGUGAUGGCUGGUGGCGGGGCAGCCAGGGGGGCAACGUGGGCUGGUUUCCUUCUAACUACGUCCAGGAGGAGCUCGGAGGUGCUGAAGACGGAGGCGAGGGGGAUUCCUCGCGGGGUUACCAUGCAGGGUCUCAAGGGACUUUGAUGGCCAAUGGGUGCGCUGGUGGUCACGGUGAAGUGCUCCACCUUGUUCAAACGCUCUACCCCUUCAACUCAGUGACAGAGGAGGAGCUGAACUUUGAGAAGGGAGAGGUCAUGGAGGUGGUGGAGAAGCCCGAGAACGACCCUGAGUGGUGGAAGUGUAAGAACUCGCGUGGCAUUGUCGGCCUGGUACCUAAAAACUAUGUGAUGGUGCUGGAUGAGCAGCCCGGCCUGCCUUCCUCUACGUCGAGCUCCCCGCAGAACCGUGUCGUGGGGCCGGCACGCUCAGGGAAGUUCGCCGGGAGGGACUGGUACUACGGCGGCGUCUCCAGGAACCAGGCCGAGUGUAUACUCAACGAAAGAGGGGAGGAGGGGGACUUCCUCAUACGAGACAGCGAGUCAUCGCCCAGUGAUUUCUCGGUGUCUCUAAAAGCAGCGGGUAAGAAUAAGCACUUUAAGGUGCGGCUCGCAGAGGGAGUGUUCUGUAUCGGGCAGCGCAGGUUCGACUCCAUCGACGAACUCGUGGAGCACUACAAGAAAGCCCCCAUCUUUACCAGUGAACACGGAGAGAAGCUCUACCUGGUCAAAGCACUGCUGUGAUUCCCUCACCCUCACAUCUACACUGGAUCUCACACACACACGUUAAUACUAACACCUCUCCCUAACUGUCUCAACUCAAGCCUUAGCUCUGAACCCUCCCGCUGUGGCGUCUCUACCAGAUACUCAGUCUCUCCUUUUGAGUUUUAUCCGUCACCUUCCCGAGGCGACCGAGGUGAAAGUCUUCCUAGCUCUGAACGCCCGAGACUGUGACAGCACUUCCCCAGCUGCAUCCUUCACGUUCAACUCAGUGCAUAGGAAUAUAAAUAAUUCUCCGGUCUGGACGUGCGAAGAUGCAGCGACACACCUGCUGCUACCAGAACACCUGAGGCCUUGGUUGGGGGUCGAGCUCUCCUUCUGAUGUCACACAUGAUACAUUAACUUCCACGCACAUCGUAGGUUAAAACCAUUAUUGCUCUUAAUCCACACACAGAAGACAGAGAUCAGUUCAGAGAGGACUCUGAGGGACCUUUGCUCCGGUGUCUUUCUGUCGUCGCUGGCCAUUGUUUUAUUUUGUCUCUUAAAUGUUUGUUCUUUUAUUUAAAAACAUUUUUCAACCCUAAUUUAAUUUCUUCUCUGGGGGUCCUCUCGUACAGCGACUUCACAAAGUGACCAGAAUCACUCUCUUGCCUUCUUCUCCUUAUUUUAACCAUUCCUCUACAUGACUCCCCAUUUGAAUUUUUGUCUUACGUUACUAUGACAACUUCCUCCCUGUUUCCGUCUCAUUCAUUAUUAGUGACGUUAUAGAAAAAUCUGAAUACAGUACUUCCUGUAAUACUUCUAUGAGGCAGCGGCAGGGGAAAGAAUGAAAUAGGGGAGAACUCUGAAUUCCUGUAGAGUUUGAAUGUUUAUCAAUGUAACCGAAUGUGCCACCCUGAACCCAUACUGGCUCCAGGUCUGCACUGCACUCACCAUACAUUCAUUCAUAGCCCUCAUGCUUUAUACCGUGUCACAAUGUUCUGCAGUUUGUGUCUGUAGCUCUAACUCAAUCUGCUCCUGUGAGUGAAUGGAGUCAGAAAAGGUACUUCUCACCACAUAAAGAUGAUAAUAUCUUGUGUCGACAGAGAAUUUUGCAGGAAGAAAGUGUCAUUUACAAAAAAAAAUCUUAAUAAUAAGACCAUAAAAGCACAGUUACAGUUGAAGGGCACCCUGAAGCUCUUUAUUUUUCAAUCACAGAUUAUUUGGAAAUGAGUUGUUCGUACAUGAAGCCAGUGCAACAGCAGCUAUUGAGCGUCUGCUAAACCCCUCCUCUCCCGAACAGCGAAGGUCCAUUGGUAGCCGGGCAGGUGAGUGGACGGUGCACGUCUGUCCAGCUGAACUCUGUAAUUGGAGCCAUACAGUACAUGGUGUUUGAAGAUAAAGGAUUUUUGAGGGAUUGUGUUCUUUUCACAAGCUUUUCCAAAACCAACACAGCCUGCUUUUUAGUCUGAAAUCAAAGACCCAUAUUCUCAAAAAUUGGUAAAUCUGCUACUAUGAUCAAUUUCAAACAUUUGCUUUGAGAGAAUUAGACGUGGGACAGGCACAGCAACAGUAACUGAGUUUUUAAAUAACGACCAUCGUUCCACUGUUGACAAACCAAAUAUACUGUCAUCUGGGUCGUAAUUAAAAUAACUCUAUAGUCCUACCAAACAUUUUCCCGUUUAUUUUUGCUACUUGCAUUUGUUCACCGAUGGAAGUGUUGAUCAUGGAGUCCUCAGCUUUUAUACCAUAUAUCUGAAUGUUAUUGAGCAUUGUUAUUUAAUUCUUGUCUCCACUGUAUGUAUAUAUUCAAAUUAAGAGGAGGUGCAUAUACAAAUCACUAAGAUCCAACUAUGGUACUGUAUCACCGACAACAUGAUGAGAAUUGAAAUACUUUUGUUCAAUAAAGAAUUUUUGAAGAAUACUAAAAA